AUGUCCUCGGAUCCAAGCAGCUCUCAGCAAUUAAUCAUCGGCCUUCGGACGAUUCAGAUUGCUAACAACAUACAGAUUUCUACCACUGUCCUUAGCCAGCUGUCGAUCUCAUCGUUUGCCACUUCAUCAGCUCUCUUCUUUUACGAUAUCAUAAUAACCUUCGACCAAGAGAUCCGUGUAGUAUGGACUCGCAAAAUCACCGCAGCCAGCGUCAUAUACAUCCUAUCUCGAUACCUGAUGUUUCUAUACCUCAUACUCACGUUUGUAGAGAACGCUUUCGACUGUGAGGUACCCUUCAAUCGCAUGUUCCAUUUGAGGAUCGUUACUCACCAAUCCUCGUAUAUUGUCAUUCAAUUCUACAACAGCGUCCAGUGCAUAUUAUAUGCAAUCUGGGCAGCAUUGACACCGCUAGCGUUCACGGCUCUUCGAACAUAUGCAAUCAGCCUUCACGCAUGGCAUGUAGCUGCGCUCGUUUUCCUCCUUGGGAUGGUCCCGGCAGGGGUGAACAGCUAUUAUUAUAGUCAGAUGCAGCUGUACAAUCUCCCUCCGCCUACUGGCUGCAUUCUUGCGAGUACCAUCCCAAACGAUAUCAUGAAUAAGACCUAUGGGCUUCGCAAAGCUGCUAAUGAGGUUCAUGUGCGUGCAUCUCUGGCAUCCAUGCUGUUGAGAGAUGGUACCAUAUACUUUGGAUUUUCCAGCGUCCUCUUUUUGCUGAGUCUUGCCGACAUCAUUUUGUCAGUCACUGAUACGUUCAGCGAUACGACAACGUUUAUCGCCAUCUUGACACCGAUGCUUCUCGCUCGCUUCUUUCUCAACCUGCGCCAAAUUGACAACUCUGGUCAUGGUACCGGGACGUCUUCUCAAGGAGAGACGUAUCAAGCCUCGAAUCUCCGGUUUGCCGCAAGCAUCUUUGGGAACAUGGGACAGUCGCUUGGAAUUGGUGGGGAAGAGACAGACGGCGAUCUGGACCUAGAGCUGACGACAGAUGGUUCGAGCGAAUCGAAUCCAGACAGUCUCAUGACGGAAGCUUGA